UGAUGAAUUUAGGUUAUGUUUGUGUAAAAAAUGAGAGUGUGUAAAUUUCUUUUAUAAUUUUUUGUUUUUAUAAAUACUUUACUAAUAAUAUAAGUGUAAUUACUUACUUCCAUGGCUGUUUUACAUCGAGCAUUAUUUACUUGGUUCAAUUUUUUGAUAUUUCUAAUAUUACUCGUUCUUCGACUCGAUCAAAGAAUACAAUGGAAUUGGUUUAUUGUUUUUAUGCCAAUGUGGAUUCACGACAAUAUUUUACUGAUAUACAUCAUAUUUCACAUGAUAUCACAUUGUAAAAAUGGCCCUAAUCGCAUUAUUCUCACACUUAGAAUAAAGCCUUGGUACAUUGUUAUUGCAGUACUUUUAAAAAUGAGCGCACAGAUAUUAAUCUGUUUGAAACUUGAAGUUCCACAGUGGCAAAUUUCGGCAAAAGCAGUUUUGGCUCCAUAUUUAGUUUUAUUUUCAGCGUUGGCCGUCGAUGUCUUUUUUGAUCUCAUCAUAAGUUCUCGUCUUACUUUAUAAAAAUAAUAAAA